GGCGCUGACUGACUGGCCGGUGAGCUCGGUACGUGCAGCGGCGGCGGCGGCAGCAGUUCGGCUCGGCUCGGCUCGGCUCAGGCAGCAGACGGCGGUCCAUAUCAACCGAUUUCCGCCCUCGCUCUAUAUAUUUUUUUCAUUUUUUAUUUUAUUUUUGCUGUCUGUUUUGUUUCCUUUCCUCCUUUUCUGCAGCCGGUUGAUUACAACAACAACAACAACAACAAAAAAGAAACGAAAUAAGAAGAAAUGUCAGCCAGACCGGGAUUUUACCGGCAGGAGCUGAACAAGACCGUAUGGGAGGUUCCGGAGCGGUACCAGAACCUGACGCCGGUGGGCUCUGGAGCCUACGGGACGGUGUGCUCGGCCUAUGACGUGGUCUCGAGGCAAAAGGUGGCGGUGAAGAAGCUGUCCAGGCCCUUCCAGUCUCUGAUCCACAGCCGCCGCUCGUACCGGGAACUCCGGCUUCUCAAGCACAUGAAACACGAGAAUGUAAUAGGGCUGCUGGACGUCUUCACGCCGGCGGGGGGGUUGGAGGACUUCAACGAACUUUAUCUGGUGACCAACCUGAUGGGCGCAGACCUCAACAACAUCGUCAAGUUCCAGAGGCUGUCCGACGAGCACGUGCAGUUCUUAAUCUACCAGCUGCUACGCGGCCUCAAGUACAUCCAUUCAGCAGGACUGAUCCACAGAGACCUUAAGCCAAGUAAUGUGGCGGUGAAUGAAGACUGUGAGCUGAGGAUCCUUGACUUUGGAUUGGCCAGACAGACCGAUGAUGAAAUGACAGGCUACGUGGCGACUCGCUGGUACCGAGCACCAGAGAUCAUGCUGAACUGGAUGCACUACAACCAGAAUGUUGAUAUCUGGUCCGUGGGUUGUAUCAUGGGAGAGCUGCUGAAAGGAAAGGUCCUCUUCCCUGGCACUGACUACAUCGACCAGCUGAAGAGAAUCAUGGAGGUGGUGGGCACCCCGUCGCCAGACCUGCUGAAAAAGAUCUGCUCGGAGCAUGCCCAGAAGUACAUCCAGUCUCUUCCCUUCAUGCCCCAACAGGAUAUGGAGAAGAUCUUCAGAGGAGCAAACCCACUGGCCAUCGAUCUGCUGAAACGCAUGCUGGUUCUGGACUGUGACGAGAGGAUCUCCGCCAGCGAGGCGCUGUCCCACCCUUACUUCUCGCAGUACCACGACCCGGAAGACGAGCCCGAGGCGCCGCCUUACGACCAAACACUGGAGAGCAAGGACCGAACUCUAGAGGAGUGGAAAGAGUUGGUGUUCGAGGAGGUGAACAGCUUUAAAGUACCCGGCAGCAAGACGGAUAGCCUUCAGGUGGAGCAGUAAGGCCCCCCGGCCCCCCGCCUCUUCCCCCACCGGGAGAAGAAGCACAUACGUGUUGGAUGCGGACCGGACCGUGGAAAAACAAGAUAGCAAAAGGAAAUUACAUUCAUAGGAGUCGAUCUGAGUGGCAGGGCAUGGGGGCCUCCGUGGGAUCAGUGGCACAAACUUUGCGAUAACAGGGAGCAUGGUUGGGAUCAGAUAUAAAGGACAUCUCCAGAGCAGAAAGUUGCUUUCUGUUAUACAUUUCCGCUCACAGACAGUGAAAUGAAGAGUUGGUCAAUGUCAAAGGGAUUCUUGGGGGGGGGGAACGUCCAGUGGCUGAUCUGUGUUUACAGACUAAACAAUUGUUAAAGAAGAAAAGGGGAAAAUACGCACACUAGAAUUUCCAAAGCAAUGUCAGGGAUCUAUCAACCGUCAGUUCCAUGAACCUAUGAACUUUUGUUUAACCCUCUGGGGUCCCUUCAUUUUGGGCUCCACCUGUAUCUCUUUGGCAAAACUGGUUCUUUUAAGAUUGACAGAGACAUUUUACGUAUCAACAACACUUUUCAUUAUUGCCAUUAAUAACUUCAGUCCUGACCAUACAUAAUCAUUACUCCUGGAUGUUCUGAAAAUUUAACCCCUUACAUGCCUGUUUUACUGUUUAAAUAUCUCCUUUGUUUUGGAAAAAAAUCACAUAACAUAUUUCUCCAUUAAUGCAGAUUGAUAGAUUACCAGACAGAAUAUUUCCAAUUUGUGGAAAACGAUGGCAAUUUGAAGGAAUUUUAUUUACAAGGGAAUGAAAAGUGAAUUAUUACUUGAAAUCAAAUUUUAGUAAAAGUGUGUUCAACAAAGGAUUUAUGCAUGGCAAAAAAAAAAAAAAAACAAAAAAAACUGUGGUGACCCUGGUUUCUAUAUUUUGUUUAAAAAUACAUUAAGGACUUAAACAAUAAUGAUUUUAAAUUCCCCCAAAAGACAGAACCUGGCUAAAUCUUACCCAAUCUGCAUCAACACAACCAAAAUAAAACUCAAAAAGCACAAAAAUGUCAAGGAACCUGAGAGGGUUAAAGGCCGCCUGCAUAACACUGAAGCAUGAUUUAUCUCCAUUUUACAGUCGUGUCUUAUAACUGCUACUGUAUUAUAAUCUCACUGUCUAUAGUACACAAUUGCAGAAGUAGAUCAAUUUCCAACCUGUGUGAUUUUUUUUAUUUAUUUUUUUGAAUAAUCUGUGGACACACAGCGCACACAUUUACUGCUCCUUCUCUCCUGCCUACUUAAACUUUAACACCAACUGUGCUGUUCUUAGCAAGAUAAGUAUAUGCCAAAGCUGGAAGAGAGCGAUGGUGCUGCAGGUCUGUGUUUACACUGUAACCUUGCUUCUCAUAUGCACAUUCUGCUGCUGGCUGAUUGUUGAUUACCUGUUAGCUUUGGCUACUCUCCUUUAGGCGCCACACUUUGUCGAUGUGAUUUUAAAGCCUAUCUGUGAGUUUGCAAUAAUUACUAUUACAUUAUGUGUCCAAUCUCAGAUGGUAUAUAUCCAGUAUAGCAUAAUAGUGUCACAUAAUUUGGAAUUUAGUCCCAACACUAAUUUAUCACCCAACACAGGCUUCCGUGUUUCAUGAGGUAACCUGUUUUGGCUCUUUAUGGCAACCAUAAUGUUCUGUUUUCGAUGCCUUGUCUGAUUCUUUCCUAAUGAUGGCUAUUAAAAGAGGGCUCUAACAGGAAGGUAUGCAUUUUUACUGAAAACAGGGUCACUGCAUUGACAGUUAUCUGUUUCUGUGUUUCAUCCUAGCUUAGCGCAAACAUUUUUACCCAACAGCAUGUGAUGCAAUCCCUGAAAUGCAUACGACGUGUGUACUCAGUGCAGAUUAUUACAGCCUCUCUUCCUCGUCCUUCUACACACUGGAGUUGUGCUGACACCAUUUGUUCUAAUAAACAAAUAGUCACAACUGCAUCACUUGAGGAUUCUGAAAGAGGUGGAAGAUUGCAAUAUUUUAGGGUCCCUCAGGAGUCUGUUAGGCAUGGAUCACUUUGAGAUUCUCCCAGUGAGAAUCUUGAUUAAAAAUUCAACAGAAUCACUCUACUGGAAAUUAUACAUAUUAAUGCAAACAAUGAUAUUUAGAAACUUAAAAUCAAAAUGUCUAACAUGAUCUAGCUGCUACACACUAGCUAACGUCUAUAAGUACUGCAGACAAAAUAUGGAAUACUGAUUAUUGUCAACAAUAAAGUUUAUUUAUUAUGAUUUUGAUCCAACUUUUAUAAAAUUGAGAAUAAAUACCUGCCAAAUUAAGUAGCAGCAUUUUGUCAUUGUACUCUUUAUAGAGUAACAGCUGAUCUUAGCUGGAUAAUUAGACUAUCCGCUCAGCCUGGACUCAGCUGUUUUACAGACAUGCUGCUUAGAACUAGCUAACUGUCGCUACAAACAGUCUUACCUUAAACAGAGCUGAUGGCUGGUGCCCUUCUAGUUUCCACACCACCAUAACUGGUCAUGUUUUGCACAACUGAAUGUAUUUCCAAAUUUCCACAGUUGUCUUUCAUGUGAGCUGUGGGGGAGGUGUAGCAAUGCUGUACUCUAUAGGUCUUCGCCUGGACGAAACUCUAGUCACUCUAACACCUUCUCCGGGGUGUUAUUAAAAAGAACUUGUGUAUAGAAAUGUAGUAUAGAAGAAAACUUCAGCAGUUCUGAAACUGUCCAUUUUAAAACCUGAAUAUGUUGACACCAAUGACUGACCCAUGCCCAGAAUAGCUCUAUCAACAUUUGUCAAUGUUGAAUUGCAAUCUCAGCAAAUUCACAAUGCAUUCUGAAAAUGUCCUGGAAGCACAGCAUGGCUUUUUUUUUAGCUGUAAAAACAUAAUUGUGUUCUUUAAUUCACACCAAGCUUAACAGACAUUUCUAGGGUGAUGAGUUUGUCUGAGUGGCCGUUUGAAGUAAAGCUGCUGGUGACGAAGACCACCAGGCUAGCUAAAAGGCUAGCAUUCUCCAACGUUAGCUUUGGUAUAGCUCGAAUCGGCUGUAACAUAACCAACAGCACUGCAGUUUUAGACAAACGUUUCUGGAAUCUAGGGUUACAUUUCUAAUGUACCAUUUUAUUUGUGUUGAUUUGAAAACCAAAUAAAACUUUCCUUUUGGCUAAAGCCACUCAAGUCUAAUGCAACCGUUGUAAUGAGUUACACGUUACUAACUUAUAACGACAAAACAAAUAGGUUAAUAAGUUUACAAUUACAGUCCUGGACUUCUUCUUUUUUUUUUUCAUUUUCUACAGGUAGCAUUGUCAGCAAGUUGUUCAUUAACACUGGAUGCAAAAUAUUGAAUUUACUGUCCUAGUAAAUCAGAAUGGUUUCAGUCUGAGUAUUUUAAAGCUUUGAAAGUUUAAACAUUACGUGCUUAUGUGAAUGUUGUAUCUGUGGUGGACUUGAAUAACAGCUACAUACUGAAUGUAUAUGUAUACUGUAUGUAUGUUUGUAAAAAGCUAUUGGUGACCUUUGAAUACAUGUUGGCAUGUGAUUCCGUUGUAUGGGUUUCAGAUCAUUGAAAGGAAUGUCAGAUCUUUGUUUGCAAAAGACACAGUUCAGUUCCUCAACAGGUAGUUAUGGAAGUUUGAGCUUGAACAGAAUAAAUACUAUAAUUUUUUUUUUUCCUUUACGAAGGUUUUCUGCAUCAAAUUUUGCCCGUCAUUUUUAUGUGUUCUGGCUGUAUUAUUAAAGAAAUGUGUUAAUUGUCCAGAUUUAGAUUUCUUGUCGGUUAAGACAAAGUUCCAGGAAAGUGUGCUAUAGCAGGGAAAUCUUUACAGUGUGUUGUUCUAUAUUAUGGUAAUAAUGAUAAGAGGCCAUUAUUCCGGUCCAUAAAGGAAGAAGAAACGACAGAACUUGGUCAGUUCAGAGUUAUUUCACUGUCAAUAUCCUGUGAAAUUAAUCCUGGUUUGAAUCAAAGGCCAACAUCUCAUAGGACCUUUUUUUCUGUCUAUUUGAAUCAUUAAAUGCAACUGAGGCAAGUAGUAAGAAUUACUUUCUAAGAUAAAAGAUAAUGCAUUGUGUAUAUAUAUGAAAAAACAAUAAACCAUUUUUUAUAGACUCCA